AUGUAUGUACGGUAGCCAUUUUGAAUUUUAUGCUUAGUGUAAAAGUGUACUGUUGAUUAUCUGUCACAAAUGUUGAUAUGCAAUGGUUUUCUGUAACUAAAUGUGUUCGCAAAAGGACUAGAGUAUGGAAGGCAUGAGCUUUGAGGAAGCUUUACGAUCAAAGGAGCUCAGGGCUACGAGGGUUCAAGUAACAUGUUCAAGGAAAUUACUUGACUUUGGAAUGAAUGUGAAAUAUACUUAACAAAAGAAGACACAACACCUAAAUGAGCCAUGUGGGGUCAUGUGUCACAAUGUAUGUUUCAUGUGUUACAAUGUAUGUUUCGGAACUAUGACUGAUGAAUCAGUACUCUCUAGUCUGGUUAAAUUUCGAGUGACGAAGCUGAAAUUAGGUGGCUCUAACCUGAAUGAUAUUUCAGAUGAAGAAAUGAUGAUUUCCAAUUUACCAUUAUUAUUUGCUAAUGGCUACCCAACAUGCUUGGAAAAGUUUACUUUGAAACAAUUAGAAAAGUUUGUUCCGUUUAUGCUACGGUGCUCAUUAGGGCAAAACUGCCUGGACACAUACACAGCACCAAAAUGGUGGCCAAGAGAUCUGCCAUUUUCAGUGUUUGCCAAAAAACCAGCGGGAAUGGAUGAUACCCGCUGGUUUACGACGCUGAAGGGCAUGGUGUGCCGAUGUUACACCUACCAUGGCUGUGAGUUUAUGCUUCGAUUUUGUACAGAAUUAUCCAAAUGUCCCAGCUCGGCUUACGUGUUUGUUAACUCGCCGGAUGGAACGACAUCACUGUUCAGCAAAGAUACCGGACGGCUAGUGGUUACUUUUCGGAAAGAAAACCGGGAUUAUGACAAGGAAGUGGAGAGAAACUCACAUCGAUGGUUGGCCCCAAAGGGUUGUUCUCAAAAUGCAUCCCACCUUAAGGUUCAGCCCCCAGUUUUUGACAUAUAUCUAUGUGACAGCUGCGAUGGAGAAUUUGAUUCUUUGAAAGAAGUACAGGAACACGAGAAAACGUGUGGCAAACGUCAGAUUUCUCAAGAGGCGGCUCUUGAGGAACAGCCUCAGCAGCACAACCAGGAUUCAUUUAUGUACUACUUUGGUUUAAAUUCAGUCAAUUCUGAAUAUGUACCAAGAGCCAUGAGCCCAAUGAAAAAGAUCAGUUGCAAGGGACGUUAUCCUGCCGGUGUAACGUUCACGCGCUGUUGUGGCGUGCCAUUCUCGUCACCUCUUGGCAUUGUCAUACAAAAGAAAUCGCGCGUGGCUGCAAGUAAUCCACAGGUACUUUUAGAUCGAAUGGAACGCUACUGCGUUACAAAAUCCCUGAGUCCAAGUUGUCGAGUUGAGGACAAAGUUCAAGAAAGUAUUGAAUGGCCUAUCACCUGGAAACCUCCAAACCAAAAGAAAGCACAGAACACCUGGAUACAUCAUUACUGUUUUACAGUAAAGGAGAGUCUUGAAAAGAUGAAUAGAAAAUCAUCUGGAGGACUGAAUAAGAGGAGUCAAAAACUUCUCUCCAUGUGUCGUGAUGUUAGAGUUGUUUUAGUACGGCUUACAGAGGAUGACAUAGCUGAACUUUCAACUAAAGUUCUGACACCAGAACUUGUACCACGAGACAGUGAAAGUACAUUUCAGCUUUCAGCAUUGCUUUCUAACACUAUGUGUGCAUAUAAUACAUCUUCGAACAUUAAGAACCAUUACCCUGAGUCAUUUGUGCUGUCACCACAAGCAGUGAUUCCAGUUAUAGAUUUAUGUUCUACAGAUGAAGAGGAUGAAUGCAGCUUGGACAAAGUAGCGCAUCUGUCAUCUGUGCCGUUGCCGAGUGAUGAAAAUGACCCACUAGUUUUGGAUGAUGCUAAAUAUCUCAAACAAAAAGGAGUCAAGGUAAAACCAGUGUUCUGUGAUAAGAACAGUGCUCCGAAUAUAGCGGUUUACCCUUUAGUUCAAACAUCCUAUGAAACUUGUGCUGAUACGGAGAUAGGUUCGUGCGUUGAUGUUGGUACAUUUGCUAUGCGGUAUUCAAGUGAUCGUUCAUCGAGGUUCUCAAAACCAGCUCCUCGUGGCUGGAAGAUGAAAGUCCGCUUGAAAACUCCACCUUGUCAAUCAUCGCUCCAUUGUAAUUCAACAGAUAUUCCACCACAAAAUUUGUCUAGUUCAGAAAGAAUCCGUGCAAAGAAUUUCAACGUGACGUCUGAAGAAACAUUUGAUUGUGAUGUGGCUGAAGAAAUCUGUACUCCAUUGCGUCAACUUAUUGCAGUAGAUUGUCUUAAAUUAAAAAAUGCGCAUGUUCCCCUCGUUAGAGCUAGGAUUGAUACUCGAGGAAAGGCUCGACCGUCAGUGCCAACCAAUACAUCUACUUCGUUAAGUAGUUGCUCAACAGGUACUGAAAAAUCCAAUUCCAAAUUCUCAUUUCCUCACAGAAAGGAGAAAUUGCAGGGUAAGGUGAUCAGUACUACUAUAGACUCAUCUAUUUCUGAGUCCAGUGUGGAGUCUAUAACUGGUAGUCAGAAAUCUCGCCGUUCAUUAACAUUUCAUAAAAAGGUGUGCGGCACAUCAUCAUCUGAAGAUUCGUCGCAUCGCUGUCAGACGAGUGUUCGCUUAUCCUUGCAUGAGGAUAAGGAACAAAUUGAGAACAAUUUGUUUAGAACCGUUUCAAAUACGUCUAUACCAGUUUCCACUAGCAAGGAAUGUGUAUCGCUUGAUGAUCAUUCAGUUACAACCCUUCCAGGCACAAGAGUGCUUUAUCAAACAAAACUGCCCAACACUGCCCCACCUUCCCCAUCACCUGUAUCGGUAUUAGACACUGAUGGCAGUAUUACAAUUGAUGCUUCAUUGCAGUCUGACGUGACAGACUUUGUAAAAACACACAAAUCAGAGUUAUCAGUUCGUAUAAAGAGGAAACAGUCCCAAUCGCAGGACUUCGUGACUCUUUCACCUGCUACGAAGAGGGCGUGUAAACUGUCCCAGCCUGCGGAAGAUAGUUACUCUCUUGUUCCUGACCCCAAGAGGCCUAAUCUAAAAGUUUACAAUGAAACAGUACCAGGAAAGGAAUCUACAACACAAACGGUUUGCAGGACACUUCAGACAGUGACGUAUUUGGGAUGUCGGUGAAAUGGAACGUAGCAGAGCCGCUCCAGAGAUGUUUGGCCAGACGUAAUUCGACCGUCUAUAUCCGCCGACUGCGUCAGGAUGAGUGCAGGGAACUGAAAGAAGAGGACUCAAGGAAAUGAUGAGCAGAAGUGGCAGUGCGUUGCGUGGGCAAUCGGUUGACGGGAAAGAAAUUCGUCCCAAAGUCGGGCGUGUAGCUCUGUUUGCCAAGACUUACGGUACAAUUGACUUACCAAAUUAAUGAGGACAAUGUGAAAAAUAGAAACAUAUUCAGUCAGGAAGAAUUGCAACAGUUUGGUAGUAUGAAAGCUCAAAUAUAUUUAACUCAGAAAAUGAUAAGCCUUUUUUGUAAUUAAUGAAUGUUUAAACUUCGUUGAUUACCAGAUUUAAAUAUAAAUGUGCUGGGAGUAAACUUAACUUAACAGAAGCAGAUGAGGUUUUAGCACUCCGUUAAUUCUUUUGCUUCAUGAAAGGUUGAACAUUGUCUUUAAAAAAUUCUGUUUGGUAUAUUUCCUUCGAAUGUAAUGCCACUGACUACAAGACAUUCCAAGCUGUUUAAACAAAUUGUUCAAAUCCAACCCUGUUAACUGGAGGAAUUUCAUUAUUCUAGUCAGUUCAUGUUUCAGAAUUUGAUAACAUUAGCGUGAAACAAUUUUAGAUGUGAACUGUUAGCGUCAAACAAGAAUUUGUAUUUGGAUAGAUUAUGCAAGGGCACUUUGAACACUGUUUAAAUGGAGUUUUGUGGGCUGUGUGACUUGCUUCCAUAUUCUUUCGGUGCUGAUCUAAAAGGCUGCAGAUUUGUUCUGAAUUCUUAUACAAAUUUUUAUGGUGAACAGUUUUAUUGCGUGUCCUGUCAUAAUACCCAUGUUGAUUUUAUUAUAUGCCUCAAAUGGCAUAACCUCCAUACCACAUUUUAGCCAGAUCUGUUCAAUAGUUUUCUAAUCAUACGGACAGACAGAUGUGAUCAGCCUUAUAUGCACUAAUUUCAUGCACGUUUUGAUAAGAAUGCAUAAUUAACCUGGCUGGGUCGAAAGUUACAAAGUGCUGUUUGAACUAAAUGAGAAUGUUUUGUUGGUGCUAUACACCAGACCAACUGAAUUUUAUUUUUUGGUGUUGCUGUGUUAAGUUGCGUUGCUGAACAUUUUAUAUAUAUAUACCUUUCUUAAAUUACUGAUGAUCAUUCUGCACUUAUUUUAUUUGUUGAUGCAUGCAUAUAUUGGCUGAAUCAGCCAUCAGUGCACAAUUCUGUAUUAUUAUAAUACUGACUGGACUGCAUAAUAAGAGCUAAAUAUGAAUGCAGUUAAAAUUUAUCUGCUAACAGGAAUGGCUGUUAGUGUGUCAUUUAAAGGUACAUAAAACCCAACAGUUUGAUGCUAAUGGUCCUGAUAUUGAUGUUUGCAUACUUAAUAUUAUUUUAAUCCACUUCUUGAAUUUUUGUGAAGCAAAUUUGCAGUAUUGCAAAUAUCGGUGCCUCUGAUUACCGUGUGAAACACGUAUAUGAUUGAAGUGCCAGAGAUUUGAAUCCCAUAAGAUCUCAUGAAGGUGUGUGUUUCAACUGUGGGAUUUAUGUUGAACUAUGGGAUCAAGUUUUUGAGUGUUGCAUAUAAAAAUCUUUUUAAAAUAACCUGGAAUGUUAUGUUUAUUCUCUUGCUUUAGUUUUGACACAACUAGCGAAAGUGCAUGAAGUGUAAGAAAGUAAGUUUUGUUCAGUUCUGAUUAUCAUGUGUACCUUUUUUUUUGAUUUUGAUCAGAAUUAAGAACAUCCUAAUUCGUAAAUCAUAUUAAACAUUAAACUGGUGCUUAUUUCUUUGUAAAGGCUUCAAAGAGUUCUUUUGUGUUAAUUAACACCAGCUGUUGAUUGUACCAAACAUCAGUUUUCCAAAGAAUACCUUUCUUUGGAAAAUUAAUUAGUGUAGUGUUCUUGUUAGAUAAUUAAGUUCUAUGUACCUUUACAUUUGUAAGAACCUUGUGUAUAUUGUGCAUAAUAAAUUUGUCUUAAUGAAACAGUGAAUGCAUUAAUUUAAAUAAUACAGCUGAUCAGAUACAUCUCUUCAGAUGUUUGUUUUAUUGAAGUAUUGUAUUAAUCUUUGGUCUUUAUUAGUGUCAUUUUAAUUGUCUCUCUGGCUAUGUCGUUGAUUGAAAUGUUGUAGUUUUAUGUCAUGUUCAGGGCGUAUUAAUAUUUUAGUUGAAGUUCACAGUACUCUCAUAGAGGAAAGAAGUGUUUAUUUUAAAUUAUAUUAUAGUUUAGGUUUUGUGCGUUGCGAUUAUGUUAAGUUCUACACUUCUCCCUGCAUGACUGAAUGGACCUAAAGACUCUUGAAUACUUAGUGGAACAAGGUGAUUGAAUAGAUUGGGGAUGUGCUUUUAAACUCCAUUACUUUUAAGAUUGUGCGCUUUGGCACAAAUUUGCAUACAUUUGUUUCAUCUCUUUAGUUUUACAAAAAAAAUACUUAAAUGAAACUGGACUGCAGUAUUAUUAUAUGAUCUCUGAUUUCCUGCUAGAUAUGUAGGAUUAUUCAGGAAAUUAAAGCGGUAAUGUGAUCUCCAAUUGUCCUCGCACAGUCUGUAACAUGAUAUUCUCAAAUAUUUGUAAAGAGGAACGUGCUAAGCUAACAUGGAAUACUGUAAUCAGUUGACGUGCUAUAAAAUGUUUGUAAGUUAACCAUUUUUCAUUGUAAUAUUUUGAGAUUGCUCCAGAAGUAAAAUCCCUUGUAUUUAAAUUUUGUUAUGUAUUUGUCAAUAUAUUUAAAUAUGCACUUGUUAACCACUUGAUAAAGAUAUCUGAUGCAGUCAUUGAAUUUGAUUCUGCAUUGCCCCUGUAUACUCUGUAGUGAUCUAGAAUGAUUGAACAUUAAGGCCUUUGACCAUUGUUUGUUUAUAUAAUUUGAUUUUAUUGAAUUGUUGGGAAAAUUAUUUAAAUUUUCUUAUGUAAUAAAAACAAAAAUGUAUCUGC